AUGUAUAUCCCCGUGAAUGACAUGCUUAAGCACUUUAAGCAAGACGCCCCUGCAAUGGCCAACAUUACUCAUAAGAGUGAUUAAUGGAGUCCAUAUCAUGAUAAUUCAGGGACUGUAUUAGCUGUGGGCAUUCCAGGAGCAGUCAUCGUAGCAGGAGACACAAGAUUGAGCAAUGGAUACAACAUCUUAUCAAGAGAUGCCACUAAAUUGUCUUAAUUGACAGAUAAGUGUGUCUUGGCCACAGCUGGUCAAUAUGCAGAUUUUAUUGCAUUGAGAAAGUUUCUAUAACAAAGAUUAUAAUUGUAUGAGUUUUAGAAUGAAGUGCAAGCUUCUACAGAGACUGUCGCUCAUUUGCUGUCAAGAGAAUUGUACUCUAGAAGAUUUUUCCCUUAUUACACCUUCAACUUAUUGGCUGGAUUAGAUGAAAACAAUCACGGAGUAGUUUAUGGAUAUGAUGCAAUUGGUAGUUAUGAUUAGAUGACUUAUGGGGUUCAAGGAAGUGGGUAAGAAUUAGUAGUGGCUGUGUUGGAUAAUCAAUUGAAAGGUUACAAUAAAAUAAAUAAAACCAUUCCUUAAACAAGGGAGGAAAUACUGGACAUCAUUUUGGAUUGCUUCAGUUGUGCAGCCGAGAGAGACAUUCAUACCGGAGACAACGUUGAGAUCUUGAUCAUCACUGCUGCUGGAACAGAAAGAAUUGUUAAGCCUCUUAGAAAAGAUUGAUUAUUAAUAAAUAAAUUAGUAUAAAUGUUAUCGUUGAUAUAAUAUA